AUGGCCAAGGGAAACUUCGAACUUCUUGCGCUGGAGAACCCUCUCCUUGACAUUCAGGGUGUCGGUGACGAGAAGCUGCUUGAGAAGUACGACCUGAAGGCCAACGAUGCCAUCCUCGCUGAGGAGAAGCACUCCGGCCUCUACGAGGACCUGAUCCAGAACCACAAUGCCGUGCUCAUCGCCGGCGGAGCUGCCCAAAACUCUGCCCGCGGUGCGCAGUACAUCCUUCCCGAAGACUCCACGGUAUACAUUGGCUGCGUUGGCAAGGACAAGUACGGCCAGACGCUCGAGGAUAUCAACAAGAAGGCUGGCGUCAAGACUCUGUACCGCUACGACGAGAAGGCACCCACCGGCCGCUGCGGUGUCGUCAUCACCGGCCACAACCGCUCGCUAUGCACCGACCUUGCCGCCGCCAACCUGUACAAUGUUGAACACUUGAAGCAGCCCGAAGUGUGGAAGUACGUUGAGGGCGCCAAGGUCCUCUACGUCGGUGGAUAUCACUUGACCGUCUCUGUGCCCGCCAUCUUGGCCCUGGCUGAGCACGCUGCCGCGAAUGACAAGACGUUCGUGCUCAAUCUUUCCGCUCCCUUCAUCUCGCAAUUCUUCAAGGAUCAGCUCGACUCUGUCAUGCCCUACGUUGACAUACUCAUUGGAAACGAGUCUGAGGCGGCCGCAUACGCCGAGUCCCACAACAUCGCGUCAAAGGACGUCAAGGAGAUCGCUAAGGAGAUCGCUAAGCUCCCCAAAAAGAAUUCCAAGAAGGAGCGAACCGUUGUUUUCACCCAGGGCACUGACCCCACCAUCACCGUCACGGGAUCUGAGGCUGCUGAACACCCCGUCCACGCCAUCAGCACGGACAAGAUCAACGACACAAAUGGAGCCGGCGACGCUUUCGCUGGCGGUUUCCUCGCCGGUCUCGUCUCGGGCGACAACCUCAAAACUGCCGUCGACAAGGGCCAAUGGUUGGCAAAGUUGAGCAUCCAAGAGCUAGGCCCUUCGUACCCGGAGCCUAAGCAGACCUACACGUCUAGCUGA